GUAACCUCGAGCUCAAAACUCAUUACUGGCUAACUACUCCAUCCUCUCGACACUCUCACCGUUCACCACAAAGCUCAUAGUACCUUCGCCCGCACCGGUGAUUGCCAAUCGGCGCUUGAUCUCCCACACUACCACCGGUCUUUUCCGCUUGAAGACGCCAUUGUUGACCUUCUUUCCGCAGCUCACAGCUAUCCGCGAAGCAUUUCCUCUCCUUCUCAUCUAUCUAUCGGUGGCCUCUUUAACGUUCCGAUCGCUCAUCUCAGCCUGCUAAGUGGUUCGUGUGGUCUUUAAUUUUUAUUUUCUUGGCCAAUACUUGUGUGUUUCUAAUUAGUCGAGCUUGGAGCUUGUUUCUUAUGUCUUACAUCUUGUGCUAUUAGUAAUUACCAAAUUAUUAGAGAGAGAGAGAGAGAGAGAUGUGAAUUGGUAUGGUGAUUUUUUGCUUCUGAAGUUGAUUUAACUGAGGAACGUAGAGGAGACGAGUGGAGUUCCUUUUUAGGCUGCGUAUGAUUUUGAUUCCAGAAUGUCCGUAAUGUGGAUAUGGUUAUAGGCUUUUGAGUAUAUGUUCUGUCAUCUUAUCAAAUAUGUUCUUAUGAAUAUAAACCAUCGUUUGGAAAUUCAUCUUCUAUAUUUGGAGGUAAAAUAUGUUUAAUUUUCAAUUGAGUUUUGCUCCUGAAUGGUGUCAUAAAUCCAUGAUUCCGAAAUCUAAUUUAAGCUAAAUUUUGAUUUGUAGUUAUUUUCUAAAAUUAGGAGUGACUUAAAGCAUUAAUGAGAAUUGGAACAUUAAUCAAACAGGAGGUUGGAAGUAUCUCCUGGUAAAAUCACUUCUCUUGCCAGUCAAGUCUUGGUGUCUUGUGGCUCAUCAGCAAAGUAGCAAAGAUGUUAGGGCAUUAUAACUUUAGACUUUCAUCAUUUUGCAAUGAUGGUAUGCUCCCCCUCAAUCGUGAAUUGUCAAGCAGAACAGUGAUAUAGAUAACCUGUUCGAUGAAUUUACUCAAAGAAGAUGCAUAUCUUUCUGAGAUCAAAAUGGCAUGGCAUUUUGCCGAUAACCAUCAAUACUCUGAAACCAAAGUAUAUGCUACCUUCUCCUUGCUUCUCAGUGCAGCCUCAUCGAAGUUCAUCUAUGUUGCAAGAGGUGUCUAACAUUGUUUCCACCUCGGUUGGUGGCCUAGACGAUCUGGAGUCGAGCCUAAAUCAAAGUUCUGUUUCUUUAUCAUCAUCUUUUGUUACGCAAGUAGUUGAUUCUUGUAAACAUGAAGCGCCCACAAGGAGAAUAUUGAGGUUUUUCCUGUGGUCGCAAAAGAUUUUAGAUUCCAGUUUGGAGGACAAGGAUUUCAACCAUGCAAUACGAGUGUUGGCUGAAAAGAAAGACCAUACAGCUAUGCAGAUAUUGAUAUCUGAUCUUAGGAAGGAAGGUCGAGUAAUGGAGACUCAUACUUUCAGUCUUGUAGCCGAGACUUUGGUUAAACUGGGGAGAGAAGACGAGGCAUUGGGUAUUUUCAAGAAUUUGGACAAGUUCAACUGCCCACAAGAUAGUUUCACAGUGACUGCCAUUGUCAGUGCUCUUUGCGCCAAAGGACAUGCUAAGAGAGCAGCAGGAGUUGUUUGGCACCACAAAGAUAAGAUUUCUGGUGCUGAGCGGUGUAUUUACAGAAGUCUUCUUUACAGUUGGUGUGAGCUGGUGAAUGUGAAGGAAGCACGAAAAGUCAUCCAAGAGAUGAAGUCAAUGGAUGUCAUGCCAGAUUUAUUUUGCUACAACGCAUUUCUUAGGUGCCUUUGUAAGAAAAACCUUAAACGAAAUCCAUCAGGCCUUGUUCCUGAAGCUUUGAAUGUGAUGAUGGAAAUGAGGUCGUAUAAGAUUGCACCCACCUCCAUUACUUACAAUGUAUUGCUUAAUUAUUUAGUGACUACAAGAAGAGUUAAGGAAUCAGUUCGAGUUAUUGAACUGAUGAAAAAGUCAGGCUGUACUCCGGAUUGGAUGAGCUAUUAUCUUGUUGUGAAAGUCUUGUAUUUGACAGAGAGGUUCGGUAAAGGCAACAAAAUGGUGGAUGAAAUGAUUGAGAACAGACUGGUUCCUGAUUGUAAGUUUUACUAUGAUUUGAUUGGUAUCCUAUGUGGAGUUGAGAGGGUGAAUGUGGCUCUUGAGUUGUUUGAGCGGAUGAAGAGAAACUCAUUAGGUGGCUAUGGACCAGUUUAUGAUGUAUUAAUACCAAAGCUGUGUAUGGCAGGGGAGUUCGAAAAGGGUAGAGAAUUGUGGGAUGAGGCAAUGUCCCUUGGGGUUACUCUUUGUUGUUCAAGUAAUGUGCUAGAUCCAUCAAUAACUAGUGUUUUUAAGCCAGUAAGGAAGCAGGAGGAGAUUCACCUUUUGGACUCUGCUGUCAGUGAGUCUCAAGUACAAGUCACAAAGAACAAUCGAAAGUUUAAGAUGAAAAUCAGAGGUAUGGGGGCAGGCGGGCUUGUCCAUCUCGAUCUAAGGAAGCGAAGUUUAGGGAAGGCAAGGCAUGACUGUUUGUGGAUUGUCAUUAUAAAAGAACGGGUAGAAAGUGUGCGUUGGCGACUGUAUAUACGUUAUAUAAGUCAAUGGGUAAUAUUAUGCAUACAAGCCCCCCCUGGCAGUAGAAAAGUUCUGAAGAGGGAUUGGCUUCAGUCCACAUAACCUUUUCAAUGGGAAGGGGCGCCAAGCAGCCUUUAUGGGAAGGUUGAGAGUAUUUAUGGAGUAUCUAGACGAAGUAACUGGUACUACAGAAUCUGUAUCACCACUGCAAUGAUAAUUACACGUUAUUAAUUCUAUAUACCCAAAUUAGAUAUAUAGUACACACACACAUAUAUAUUUAUGUUUAUAUAUAUAUAUAUAUGAUUUAUAGUUAAAUUACCUGUAUACCCAGACUCUGAUAUUGUUUGCCAUAAGAUACUUGAUAAUGGGGAGGAUGGUUGUUGGACUAUCAUUCCAAUAAAAGCGUCUGCAAAAUUACACCC